CUGGAGGAUCCGUAACCAAGCUUGCCAACAAUGCGGCUCCCCCAAAGCACAUAAAUAGGGCGUGGCACGACGCCAUCGCGCUACUUAUCAUCCAUCCACUCUUCCACUCUACCACCAACCUCCAACACAGCAAACAAUAGCAACAAUGGGUCUUCGUCUUGGUGACAUUGCUCCUGACUUUGAGGCCGACACCUCCAAGGGCCCCAUCAAGUUCCACGAGUACAUUAAGGACUCGUGGGCUAUCCUGUUCUCUCACCCGGACGACUAUACCCCCGUCUGCACCACCGAGCUCUCGGCCGUCGCCCUCUCGUCUGCCGACUUUGCGUCGCGCGGCGUCAAGCUCCUCGGCCUCUCGGCCAACGACGUCGAGUCGCACCACGGCUGGAUCAAGGACAUUGACGCCCUCACCCAGGGUGCCGACCCCCUCGACUUCCCCAUCAUCGGCGACAAGGACCGCAAGAUUGCGACCCUGUACGACAUGCUCGACCACCAGGACGCUACCAACGUCGACGCUAAGGGCCUCCCCUUCACCGUCCGCUCCGUCUUCAUCAUCGACCCCAAGCAGACCAUCCGCCUUACCCUCACCUACCCUGCUUCGACUGGCCGCAACUUCCCCGAGAUCCUCCGUGUCAUUGACUCGCUCCAGCUCGGCGACAAGCACAAGAUCACGACCCCCGCCAACUGGCAGAAGGGUGACAAGGUCAUCGUCCACCCCUCGGUCCAGGGCGAGAAGGUCAAGGAGCUCUUCGGCGACGACGUCGACGUUGUCUACCCCUACCUCCGCUUCACCAGCGACCCUUCGACCAAGAAGGCUUAAGUUUCUCGCGCUGUUGUCGAGUAAAAUCAGUGUGGCCGGCACCUAGGCCGUGCACCACAGCAGGGGUUUCAGUAGUUGUUUCUUUACGAUGCACGAGUUGUGUCUACGACA